AUUGAGCAAAAUAUCAGCGAUGCAGCAAGUUACAAUUUAAUGUUUUCAUGUAAAGCAGAUAGAAUGUAUUUUUGUCGCCAUUAUAAUUGACUUUCACUUUCGUAUCACCUGUUGUCAAUUAUAAGCAUCAACAUGCCUUUAAACAUUUUCAACAACAACAACAUUUGGUGUAAAUAGUCUUCAAUGCAAUCAUAUAUCUACUAAUAAGCGAAUUAACGAAUAACUUUUUGACUAAGAAGCAUUUGAUGUAUUUUAAAAUUUAAUAUGAGGGUUUAACUCCAUCAUACAGAAUUAACUUUUUACAAUGUGUAUAUUACAUUUAUGCACUAUUUUGAAGUAUAGUUUAACAACGUCGGCUCUCUGAAUUUCAUCUAUAAACAUUUCUGUUUGAGACUAUCAUCGAAAGGUGCUUUGCAAUAAACUCGGAUAAAAAUUGGUAACAAAACUGGAAAAUGCUAGCUGCAGGGGAUUCUCUGGUUGAAAAAAUUGACGGACUUAAUGUUGAUGAAAAAUGUGGAACUGCCCAGAAUUGUGAAGAAGACAUGAAACAAUUAUACAAAUAUAUUACAACCACAGAAGAUCUAAAGUCCGCGGUACAUGAAAUACAAAAUGCUUUAUCUACGGAAAAUAUUAUUGCUUUAGAUUUAGAAGGACUAAAUCUAUCCAGAUCCGGAACAAUAACACUUCUUGCUAUUGCUACACGUAGCCAAGUAUAUCUGUUUGAUGUUUUAAAAUUAGGUCCGGCUACGUUUGACAAAGGUCUAAAGGAGAUUUUUGAAGAUGAUGCGAUCAAUAAACUACUCUUUGAUUGCCGAGAGGAUUCAGAUGCCCUGUGGCAUUUGUUUGACGUCAAUCUGGACGGAGUACUAGAUAUCCAGUUGUUGGAAAUUAUAACACAAGCUACAGCAAAAGUACAGAGUGAGUGGAAAAAGCGGAAUUUUAGAGAUCACGAGAUUGUGCGCUUAGAAAGUCUCAUUUCUUGCAUGUACCAUUACCAAAAAGACAAUGACAUAUUGCGAAUAAAACAAAUCGUAGAAAGAAAAAUGAAAUUACAGAAAAACCUAUUGGAGGAAAGACCUCUCUCUGAUACCCUGCUUAAAUACGCUGCAUAUGAUGUAAAGUGUCUUUUCCCCCUUUAUGACACACUUAAACCUGAUGAAGAAGAAAUGAACCGAUUGCGCAUUGCUUCUGAAAUAUAUUGCAACACCAAGCGCUCAAUGGUCAUGAGAAGAUUUAAUCAAUAUGAACGCAAUCCUUAUCUACCAAUCGACAUCAUUCCUGACAAAGGACAAACCAGUUUUACCAAAGGCAAUACAAAGUGUACUGGUUGUCAGCGUCUCUUUCCUUAUGAUGAAUUUUCGAAAAAUCAAUUGCGUAAAGGAGAUCAGCUGUGUAGAGUUUGUAAAAUGGUUAAGAGUCAUACAGAUAGGCAAUGUCCAUAUUUAGAGCCCCGCCUUGGACAUGUACCAAUUAUUCCAGAAAUUGAAAAGAAACCCGAUGGAGAUUCGAAUCAGGAAGCUGCCAAAUUACCAAUAGCAUCGUCUGAGCCGCCGCAAUUUGAUUCUGCUCAAAGCAGAAUGUACGACGACGACGACAAUGAUUUUUUGUAUAAUGAUUAUGACGACGAUUAUGAUGAUAGAUGGAACAAUGAUUCUGAUGAUGAUCAUGAUCGCUAUGGCAAUUUUAGAUAUACGUACGAUUGUGGGCUUCAUGAAAUGGAAGGAGGUGAUGGAUCAAGUGAAUGGCAGUACUAUUAUUAAACGCAUGCUUGUGUAUAAAUAUAGCCAUUUGUUGUUUUGCAUAUAUCAUAUUAAUUAACACAGUGUCAUAUAAAAGUUUUUUGAAGUUUGAAAAUGAAAUAAAAAUGUUUUGUCGUUGUUGAAA